UUACAGGGGAGAAACUAAGAUCAUUGAUUGGUUAAUAUUCCUUUUAAAUUACAGUUGGUGAAAUUGUUUCAAACUGGAAAGUGUAACGGUUAUCAGUUGUAAUAAUGGCCCAAAAUGUUAACCCACUUGUGAGUGCUUCAACUACUGAUACAAAGACGGAUGAAGAGACACACAGUCAUUCCCAAGAUAAUCAUUCUGUAACGAAAAGGUUGCAAAAGGAAUUGAUGGAAUUAAUGAUAAAUACAGAUAAAAGUGUAUCAGCAUUUCCUGAAGGAGAAAGCCUUUUUAAGUGGAUAGGAACCAUUUCUGGUCCUAAGGGAACGGUGUAUGAAGACUUGACUUUCAAAUUGUGCUUGGAGUUCCCUCAUAGUUACCCAUUUAGUGCUCCAGUUGUCAAAUUUAUUACAUCAAUCUUCCAUCCUAACAUUGAUCAGCUUGGAAACAUCUGUCUUGAUAUUCUGAAAGAGAAGUGGUCGGCUUUGUAUGAUGUCCGAACAAUUCUCUUAUCCAUUCAAUCUCUUUUAGGAGAACCCAACAAUGACAGUCCAAUGAACGCACAAGCGGCUGUUCUAUGGCCAGACAAGGUUGAAAUGAGACAUCGUGUUCUCGCUGAGCACAAGAAGAGUGAAUCACAGUGAAAUUUACAGAUGACGUCUGAAUUAAAGACCACGUGAUCUGUGACUUGUCGUGUUUUGAAAUUGUCACCAGUGUUUCUAGUUUUUUUGCAGUGCAUGCAACUAAGAACCACAUCGAUAUUUGUUGAUUUGAUAUUGUUUUUCACAGAUUUUUAAAACUAUUUAUUUUCAAUUUCUUCAGCAUGCAUAUCGUUAUAAUUUUGAAUAACAGUCGCAUCUGACCACACUGUAUGAUUGUACAUGUUGGAUAUUCUUACAUGCCUUUGUUUUUCAUACAUUUGGAAUGGCCUUUUCAAAACUAUGGUUUAUUUCAGUGUGUCAAGUCUUUGGUCAGUAGAACAUAGUACAAAUUUUUCAGUAGUGCCAUCAUAUAAACAGAAAUAGUGUUUGUGUAAUUUUUUUAUAAACUUUCAUAAGCAUAAAUAAAAUUCUGAAUUUUAAUAGUAAUAUUUGAGAUAUUCAUGUGGUACAGGGAAUAAAUUUGUAGCUAAAUUUAUUCUGUUGCUGCAGUAGUCAUUAAAACCAAAUGUGCAAAACUAAGAUACACACUUGCCGAGUCCUCUGAGACAUUUAUAGUUGUAAUUUUUUCCAUUUGUCAUGUCAUGACGUGUCUAUUUCCCUUUCUUCAGAUAUAAUCUAUAGAAAAUCAAAAUGUUUUUUAUUUUAAAAAUAUGUUUUAUUUGUAUAUUAAUAGAUAAUAUAGCCGUUCUGCAGAAUACAAUAUCUAAUGUAUAUGUGUUACCCUUUUGCAUACGAUGAGUAAAAUACAAAUUGAAGUUCCUUUCCACUGGUGUACAUUUUCAUUCAUGUGUGAAAUUCUAUAAUGUUAAAAUUAUAAAUAGUGUGAAAACUAAAUAAUGUUUUCAUAAAAUGUAUCUUAUUUUC